GCUCGAUGUGCGUCCGCAGCGCGAGGAGGGAGCAUGCUGGUGCACCUCUUAAUACUUAGCACCGCUCUCGCGGCAGCCAACUCCGGUAAACACGGCGGUGUGGAGUUUCCAGAGUUUGGGCAGCCGAUCACCAACCUAACGGUGCCAUUAGGACGCGAUGCAACCUUCGAGUGCAUUGUAGUCAACCUUGGUAAUUUUCGGGUGGGGUGGGUAAAAGCGGAUACAAAAGCAAUCCAAGCCAUACACGAGCACGUGAUCACACACAAUCCUCGAAUCUCCGUGUCACACAGUGACCACUCGACUUGGUAUCUCCACAUUAAAAACGUCCAAGAAGAAGAUCGGGGACAGUACAUGUGCCAGAUUAAUACGGACCCCAUGAAAAGUCAAAUGGGCUUCCUAGACGUAGUAAUUCCUCCUGACUUUAUACCUGAAGAAACGUCAGGGGACACCAUGGUGCCCGAGGGAGGUACUGCAAGGGUGUCCUGCAAAGCACGAGGUGUUCCGCCUCCACGGGUGAUGUGGAAAAGAGAGGACGGACAGGAAAUCGUUGUGCGGGACCAGACUGGAGCAAAAACUAAAGUACUGACGUAUCAAGGCGAAGUGCUGAAGCUGACGAAGAUAUCACGCUCUGAAAUGGGCACGUAUUUAUGUAUAGCGGGUAAUGGAGUGCCGCCCACAGUCAGUAAGAGGAUCCACGUCAGUGUACAUUUUCAUCCUGUUAUACAAGUACCAAAUCAGCUGGUCGGUGCGCCGCUCGGUACUGACGUCACGCUUGAAUGCUACGUCGAGUCCUCCCCGAAGUCAAUCAAUUACUGGGUCAAAGAUCCCGGUGAGCUGAUAAUACCGUCUGAACACCACGAGAUGUCUGUACGUCAGAAGUCCAUGUUCGAAGCCGAAAUGAGAAUGACGAUAAAAAAUAUACGACGCGAAGACUUGGGAAGCUACAUUUGUGUCGCGAAAAACUCGCUCGGCGAUGUCGAGAGCAAAAUAAGGUUAUAUGAAAUACCAGGGAAUGAUAGACAUUCGUACCAUUACCCUGAGGUUCGGGUACCGACCGAGGAUGACUACGGCACCGACAGCUAUGACGAUAUGGAAGCCGAGGACAACGACAGCACUAAAACGAAUAGGGUACCAGACCACGCCAAUAAAUGGUACGCUAAUGACGGAAAGGUAAUCGUUUCACAGUCCAAUGAUGCGUUCAAACCAACACCGUCAUUCCUGACAAUCAUAACGAUCUUCCUACUUCACAAUACUCCAGUAUAAUCGAUGUUAAUUUAGUAAACAAAACGAAACUUUUUUUUUAUUCUGUAGAUAGCAUAGGGAAAUUAACCGAUAAUAACAGUCCCCUAUAUCAAACUAUGUAAUUAUGUUUGAUUGGCAUUAUUUUGUCCACUGUUGAAUGAUACUUGCUAUUCGUUUUAACAGACAAUUACAUAAAUACAGACAGCAUGUAACGUGAUAAUAAUUAGUGUUUAAAUUGUAUAAAGUUUAUAUCUAUAGGACAAAUAUGUAAACCAUUGUAUUAUUAUAUUAUUAUAAAGCUAUUUGUUUCGCGACCGAUCAGUGAAUAAAUACAUUUAGAUAUGUGAGAUUUUGUGAAGCUGUUGUUAACGAAUAUGGCGUGUAUAUCGCAUAUGUACUGAUUUAAUAAUUGUUAAAUAAAAUAAGCGUAAAAUAUUAUGGUAUUGUAAAAAUUAAUAACAAAUAUGUUUCACGUGGAAUAUAAAAUAAUAUAUUAAAAUUUGAAACAUAAUAAGAUUACACUCGAUGCAUUUCAAUUGCUUUAACUUCAUUUGCAUUUUUAGCGGGUUUUCUGAAACUUUAAAUUACAACCAGUUUUAAAAUAAUUUCAUCACUAAUAUUCAUUUGACGAGUCAGUGCACUCGCUCUGCAUUAAAUACGUGCACAAGUAAUAUACCAAGUUAAAAGAUGCAAAUGGAGUUUAUGUCGGCGUAUAUAUUGUAGAGAGCUGUUGUACUGAAUUUAUUUAUUUCCGAAAAUGUACU